CUUUGUUGUGUUGAUUUUAUUAUAUUUAUAAUAAAGGGUCACCAAUGAUGAACAGGCAACCACAAAUAACCCUGCCUACCGUUAUGAACCUAACUGUAGAUUCCACACGGACAAACUAAAACGGAACGCCGGGACACUGUUGCCAUGACAACAUAAACUGAAACCCCACACCGAGAAGUUUCUGGCUUUCAGUGUUUAGCUUUAUUAUUUUUAUGGUGAAAACACGAUGAUUCCACAGGCCGAGUCUCUCCUGAAAUAUGACAACCCAGUGUUGGUCAGCAAAACCACAGACGGAAAAUCACCAAAGGGACGCCCUUUGAGAGUGAGCCAUCAGCAGCCUGCUAUCUCUCUCCCUGUUCCACCACCUCCUAAAGCAAAGUCACCCACUGCUGACAGCAUCAGGCAGGAAAAUGAGGAGAUCCUGAACACCAUCUUUCCACCGAGGGAGUGGAAGGAGGAAAACCAGCUGUGGGAGCAGAAAGUGUCCAGUGCACCUUGUACGAGAACAGAUGUUAUUUACCUGGAGGAACUGCUGGACACAAAGCUGCAGCAGAAACAGGCCAGGGAAACAGGAAUCUGCCGCAUUCGCAGGGAGCUCUUUUCCCAGUGCUUUGAUGAGCUGAUCAGACAGGUGACCAUCAACUGUGCCGAGAGGGGUCUGCUGCUGUGGCGCAUUAGAGAAGAAAUUCAAAUGACUAUCACCGCCUACCAGAUGCUGUACGAGAGCAGCGUGGCUUUUGGAAUGAGGAAAGCACUGCAGGCUAAGCAGGGCAAGGCUGACAUGGAGAAAAAAAUCGCUGAUCUGGAGGAUGAGAAACAAGACCUGAAGAGGCAACUGAAUGAACAGAAGGCCAAAUGUGACAACAUUGAAAAGAGGGAAAAUGACAGGCGACAGGCUGAGGAGAAGAAGCACGCUGAGGAGAUUCAGUUCCUGAAGAGAACCAACCAGCAGCUGAAGGCUCAACUGGAAGGGAUGAUUACUCCAAAGAAGUAACUUCGCCAAACAAGACGAGUGGCCAUGCCCCACUGCAGAAUGUUAUUAAAUUCUUGUUUUAAAAUAAUAUCAAUUCAUGUAAAGAAUGUAAUUAGUAUAU